CGGAUAUCACGACAUAAAUCAACAUACACACAGCAAUAAUUUCCGCAUCACUUUCUUGUUGAAGCUUCAUACUCACUUCUCAUAAUGAAGACUCAAUCAGUGCUCGCUCUCUUUGCCUUCACGGCGAGCGCCUUGGUCGCAGCAGCUCCCAUCGCUGAACCACAAGGUUGCUCAUCUACCAAUCCAUGCCAGAUGGACAAACGUGAAACUCAGGGCUCUGGCGACGGAGUUCCAUUUGGCCUAAUUCCAUCCAAGAACGGCAAGCGUGAAGCUCAGGAUUGCUCCUCUAGCAAUCCAUGCCAGAUGGACUAAGGCAUCGCUGGGUUGUAGGCAUCCAAGCAGUGUACAUGACUGGACGAUCGCGAGGCUGGAAAUGUAUGAGACGAGAAGCAGCAGACUGGCGUGUUCAUUAGCUAUUACAUGUCAUUG